AGCUUCUGGUCCGUGAAAGCUAAAGCUGUAAUAUAUUUGUUAGGGUUGGAUUGUCCACAGAGUAAGAUCAGUACCAUUGGGUGAGAAACUGAUUUCAUUGGGUCUGCUGUACGCACUCUUACAUUUAGCUUCUUAGUCUGUAAUCCUAUGCGUUUCCCCUCAAGAGGACCCAAAGAAACUUACAGCAAACAAGAUUAAAAGCUAAAAAAUAAUUUAAAUCCCUGCAGUAUUAAAGAAAAACAAUGAAACAGAUGUCAUAUGAAAACCGGUAGGUAACAACAGUUCCGAAGAGACGUUAAAAACAACAGUAACAGAACAGCAGCAUUUCUUAAGACAAGAACCGCCUUAGGCAGCCCAUUGCUAAGAGAAAGGCUUCCUUCCUUUUAGUGAGGUAAAACCCUAACAGGAUUCGUAGGACUGCAAAACUCUAGAGUCAGGAGGAACCCAAAAGAUCAUCUAGACAACCCCUAGAAAUUGAGUUUAUCUUUUCUUUCCCCCUCCUCCUUCUCAUGCAGGCAGUGCCAUGGCCUCAGAGGCAGGAUCCGGAUUGUCGUCUCAUUGGGGUGGAGCUCGAGAAACUGCCUGGCAGCCCCCGCUGGACUCCCGGAGUUGUGAGGCUACAGGACGCCCGCACAACCAGCUGGUCUCCUUUGAGGAGGUGGCCAUGUAUUUCACUAAGGAAGAAUGGGAUCUCCUGGAUCCGGGCCAGAGAGCUCUCUACAAGGAGGUCAUGCUGGAGAACUACAGGAACAUUCUCUGUCUGGAAUUCCUCAGACUGGAACUCCCCUCCUUGCCGGAAGACCAGCGACUGUUUGCCGAGGACUCCAAGGACAGGAAGCCCUUAGCAGGACUCCUCAAACCGGACCUCGUCUGUCAGCCGGAAGUGAAAGAAGAACCAUCCGACUGGAUUUUGGAGGAGAAGAAAUGGUCAAAAGAUGAUGAGCAGAUGGGUGGGAAUUCUGGAGACCCUGCUUUGGAAAAUGUUGAAAAUCAAAGUGGAAGGGAAAGACGCCAAGGAAAUCCAUCAUCUAUUUCUCAAGGUGCUGUUGAUCAUGAAAUCUUCACACCCUUUGAAAGCAACCAGGGAAAAAGAGACAGCAUGUGUACUAUUUACGGGAAAAUAUAUGGGCAUAGAAGACAUCAGAGAAGCCACCUAGAAGAGACACCUCCACAGUACGAGAAGAGUAUCGGUGAGAAAACCUUCCUCGCUCCAUGUGAAAGAAACUGUGCCGGAGAAAAAACAUUUAAAUGCCAGGAGUGUGGAAAGAAAUUUGCCUGGAGUUAUGCUCUUAGCAUACAUCAGAGGAUUCACACAGGAGAGAAGCCGUAUAGCUGUAUGGAAUGUGGGAAAAGCUUCAGGCGGAUUGAUGGCCUUGCUUCUCAUCAAAGAACACACACGGGGGAGAAACCUUAUCAGUGCACGGACUGUGGGAAGAGUUUCAGUCGGAGCUGUCGGCUUAAGGUACACCGAAGGACACACACAGGGGAAAGACCUUACACCUGCACAGAAUGUGGACGAAGCUUUAGUGUGAAGAGUUCAUUUAACAAGCAUAAAAGAAUCCACACGGGAGAGAAACCCUAUGAAUGCAAGGAGUGCGGAAGGUGCUUCAGUCGGUGUUCAAGUCUCCGUUCCCAUCACAGAACUCACACCGGGGAGAAACCUUAUAAAUGCACGGAGUGUGGGAAGAGCUUCAGUCAAAGCUGUCAACUCUCCGUCCACCGAAGAACGCACACAGGGGUGAAACCGUACAAAUGCAUGGAGUGUGGGAGGAGCUUCAGUGACAGAAGGACCCUCGGUUCCCACCAAAGAACUCACACCGGGGAGAAACCCUAUAAAUGCACAGAGUGUGGAAAAAGCUUCAGGCAGAAAGGAAGCUUCCAUUAUCAUGUAAGAGUUCACGUGGAGGGGAAGCCCUACAAAUGUAUGAUCUGCGGAAAGGGGUUUACUGUGAACAGCAGCCUGACUUUACAUAAGAGGAGCCACACCGGGGAGAAGCCCUAUAAAUGCAUGCAGUGCGGGAAGACCUUCCACAGGAAAGCUUACCUGGCGUCACACCAGAGGACUCACACAGGGGAAAAGCCCUAUAAGUGCAUGGAAUGUGGAACGAGCUUCAGCCACAGCAGUAACCUCUUGUCUCACCAAAGGGCCCACCGAGGAGAGAAGCCGUAUAAAUGUACGCAGUGCCGGAAGAGUUUCAGCGCCAAGAGCAGCCUGACCUUGCACAAAAGGGUCCACGUCGCCGACAAACCCUACCAGUGCCCCGAGUGCGGAAAGAGCUUCAGCCAAAUCAGUAAGCUGUUUGUUCACCAGAGAGUUCACACGGGGGCAAAGCUCUUCGAGUGCAUGGAAUGCGGGAAAUGGGUUACCGACCUGAUUGGGCACCAGAGGACCCACACGGGGGAGAAACCCUAUAAAUGCAUGGAAUGUGGGAAGAACUUUGCUUAUAGCGGGACUCUGUCGAGGCAUCACCGGACCCACACGGGGGAGAAACCUUACAUCUGCCCAGAAUGUGGGAAGAGGUUCAGUGGGAGAGGAGCUUUUAGGAGGCACAAAUUAAUCCACACCGGGGAAAGACCGUACGGAUGCACGGAAUGUGGGAAGAAGUUCUUUGACAGCGCGGCAUGCAAGGCCCACCAAAGGACCCACACUGGGGAGAAGCCAUAUAAGUGUGUUGACUGUGGGAAGAGCUUCAGCGACCGUGGUGCCUGUAAGAGGCAUCAAAAGACUCAUACUGGGGUGAAGGAGCAUCCGUGUACAGUCUGUGGAAAGAACUUCAUUGAUCUUUCUUCCCAUCAGAGGAUUCACACUGGGGAGAAACCCUAUAAAUGCAUGGAAUGUGGGAAGAGCUUCAAUCACCGGGGCACGCUUACCAGUCAUACAAGGAUCCACACUGGGGAGAAACCUUACACGUGCACAGAAUGUGGGAAGAGCUUCCAUGAGAGGAGUUCAUUUAAUAAGCACAAACGGGUUCACACAGGGGAGAAACUGUAUAAAUGCAUGGAAUGUGGGAAAAGCUUUAGUGACGGUGGGUAUCUGACGAAACAUGCAAAAUCCCACAGAGAGGAGAAACCCUAUCAGUGUCUGGGACCUGGAAAGAGGUUCUGUGCUAAGGGACCUUUGAUUCAGCCUCAGGAAACUCACCCGGGAGAGAAUCAGAGGCCUGUAACUGCAGAAGAUAUGGAAAAGGCUUUGGUUACAGACGGAGACACGGUGGACCUCAAAGAAGCCACACAAGAAGGAAGCUCUAGAGAGACCUAAAUGGGGAGACAUUGAUUAAAGAAGUCACACAGUAGAAACAUGGUAUUAAUAGAUGACACAGAAGCCAGAGGCCAGGAAAUAAAACUAUUAAAGCUGUCUAUGUUCAUGGAGCUGAUAACAUGUUCUGCAAAACAUUUAGGCUCUUGAGUUGGAUUUUUCUCCUGAGCAGACCUGUAUAGCUGUCCUUCAGUCUGCUGGAUCUGUCCCUAUUGGCAAUCAAGGAACUGGUGUUUUGCAAAACUAAUGGCUCUUCAAUGCCCACAGGAGACCAAACUCCCCUCAAAUACUUCACAAUACAACAGCGAUCGCUUUUCCAACAAUAUUUCUGGCCUAGCUCCUAUGACGGUUAGAGCUGAGCUCGGAGGGAGCAAAUGAUAAAGGAUAAAAGGAGAUGGUUGUUGUGAAGUUUUUUUGGGCUCUUUGGCCGUGUUCUGAAGGCUGUUCUUCCUAAUGUUUCGCCAGUCUCUGUGGCCAUGGGCAUCUUCAGAGGACAGAAGUCAGAAUUCUGUCUGAUAAAAGAAGACUUUCUGGGAUGCUCUGAGCUUCGUUCCAGUCCUCAUACGAGUUAGGCCUGAAAUAUUGUUGAAAAAGUCGUUGCUGUUGCAUUGUGGAGUAUUUAAAGGGCGUUUGGCCUGAAGUUGACAAUUAAGAGCCAUAAGGUUUACAAAAGAACUGCUCCUUGGUUGCUGAUGGUGACAGAUCCAGCAGAAUGAAUUUUGGUUACUCAGCUUCUGAGGGGGGGGCUGGCUGGCUAUCCAGUUUAUCCAUUUAACACUCCACCACUGCUUAGAUGAGUUUAGCAUGCAACCUCCACUCCGUGUAAUCCCAAUUGUGGGGUUUCCCCAUUGCUCUCUUUGGGCACGCUCAGCAAUUUGCCUGCCGGUUUCACCGUAUCAUACGUUGUCGGGAAACAUCUUGCUUUAUUAGAUUAUUAUUAUUUUUUUAAAAUUGCCAAAUUGGAUGAGAAAGGAGAAGCCCUCCAGAGAGCUGGUCUUCAAGUGAGCUUAAACAUUGGUCCAUGAAUCCCCUGAUAGAUUUCUUGGGCUUUGCUUGGCAUCGUUAGAGGCAUUAUGAAAGUGACAGAGAAAUAAACUUGCUUUUUAAUCAUCCUUGUCUGGCUCUGGAAUAAUCUAGAAUAAGCGGGCCAUCAUUUUAUUAGCCAUAAUCCUGUUGAAGUUCCUGUCGAAUCUGGGGUACCAAAAAUGUAUUUUUUAUUUUAUUUUUAUUCUUUUAUGGCUCUUUUCACCCUGAGAUUCCUCCUGUAGCUGUUUCUAAUAAUCAAAUUAGUUUUGCCUUCCCAUGGCAACUAUUUGAUGUCAGAAAGGUAUACUUUUUUUCCACCUGGUACCAAGGAAGAGCCACAGGCAAGAAUUUUGAGUUUUGAAGUGACUUUGCAGUUUAAAGGGAGAAAAGGAAAAAAAAAAGUGACCAAGGAUUUUGACCAGUAACUAAACUGUGUAGAACCAGUUUCGGCUAGAAUGAAGUGGUACGACGGUCGAGAAGAAACCCAUUUUUCCUUCUCAAUUUCCACCUUCUGUCUCGAUGGCAAAAUAUUGCAGUCUUUAUUCUUUCAUUCCCAUGGUAUUGCUCCACGGCCACAGAAAUUUUUUUGAGAACUUCUUGAACUCUCAUCUGAAAACUGAUUUAUUGUUCUUGAAAUGUUUGAGUUAUAGUGGGAUUAAAAAGUGGCAAUUUCAUUUUUAAUGUUUUAUUUUAUAUUGCAUUCAUUUGCCAUUAUCUAAUCUAAUCAUCAAACUACCUUAGAACUGCAGAGCUGGAAGGGACCCUGGAGGUCAUCCAGUCCAGCCCCGGCCAAGGAGACCGAGUGGGGGAUUCAAACUCCAAACCUCUGGCUCCGGAGGCAGAGACGUACACCCCUGAGCGAGUCUGCAGUUCAUAAUAGUCAACUUUAGAUAUAGUUCAUGACGUAAUCAUAUUUAUUAUGUUUUUAUGGACAGUUUUUAUGAACAUCCUUGCCUUUU